AUGAAUUAUACUCUGGGAAUUGUUCAAUACUCUAAUUUGGAUAAUAUUAGUUCUCUUUUCGCCAUACCCAGGGUCCAGAGCAAUGGGCAAUGGUCCUUGUUUUGUUCAAAUGAGACUCCAGGUUUGGCUGAUUGUUGGGGUGAAGAAUUUGGAAAAUUGUACACUCAAUAUGAAAGACAGGGCAAGGCAAAGAAAGUUGUCCAGGCACAGAAUCUCUGGUUUGAAAUUUUGAAGUCCCAGAUAGAAACUGGGACCCCGUACAUGCUAUUUAAGGACACUAGCAAUAGAAAGAGCAAUCAGCAGAAUCUGGGAACCAUCAAGUGUUCAAAUUUGUGUACUGAGAUCAUUGAGAAUACAAGUCCAACAGAAACUGCUGUAUGUAAUCUGGCAUCAAUUGCUCUACCCCGAUAUGUUAGAGAAAAGGGGGUUCCAAUGGAAGCACAACCUUCCAAGCUUGUUGGCAGCAGAGGUUCUAAGAAUAGAUAUUUUGAUUUUGACAAACUAGCAGAGGUUACUGCCGUAGUUACUACAAAUCUUAACAAAAUAAUUGAUGUUAAUUAUUACCCGGUUGAAACUGCACAAAGGUCAAAUUUACGACACAGACCUAUUGGUAUUGGGGUCCAAGGUCUUGCAGAUACUUUUAUAUUGCUUGGCAUGCCAUUUGAUUCACCAGAGGCUCAGAAGCUGAACAAAGACAUAUUUGAGACCGUAUACUACCAUGCUCUAAAGGCUUCAUCUGAGUUGGCUGCCAAAGAAGGCCCCUAUGACACUUAUAUUGGAAGUCCUGUGAGCAAGGGGAUUACUCAACCAGAUAUGUGGGGAGUAACACCUUCAAAUCGGUGGGACUGGGAUGCUGUUCGAGGAAUGAUAGCUAAGAAUGGAGUAAGAAAUUCACUUCUUGUGGCACCCAUGCCCACGGCAUCAACCAGCCAAAUUCUUGGGAAUAAUGAGUGCUUUGAACCAUAUACUUCCAAUAUUUACAGUCGCAGAGUUCUGAGUGGUGAAUUUGUUGUGGUGAACAAACAUCUUCUUCACGACUUUACUGAGACAGGUCUUUGGUCUCCCGCCCUUAAGAACAGGAUAAUAUAUGACAAUGGUUCUGUGCAGAAAAUCCCAGAAAUUCUUGAUGAGCAGAAAGUUAUUUACAAGACUGUUUGGGAGAUCAAGCAAAGGAUGCUGGUUGAUAUGGCUGUUGAUCGUGGAUGCUACAUAGACCAGAGUCAAAGCCUGAAUAUACAUAUGGACCAACCCAAUUUUGGAAAGCUUACUUCCCUGCACUUCCAUGCAUGGUCCAGGGGUCUGAAAACUGGUAUGUAAUAUCUAAGAUCACGUGCUGCUGCUGAUGCCAUCAAGUUUACUGUUGAUACAACCAUGCUCAAGGAAAAGAUCAAUAUUGCAGAUGACGGUGAUGAUAAUACCAAAAUGUCACAGAUGGUAUGCUCUCUAACAAACCGUGAAGAGUGCAUGGCUUGUGGAAGCUAGAUAUCCCUACAGAUAAUUGCAAAAUGUACCACUUUGGUCAAGGUUUUUAACCCUGCUUGUGGAAGGGGCAAGUUUGGGAUUCUUAACUGUGACAUGCAAUGCCUUCUUGUGAUGCGGGUUAAAAAAGCGAUAUGGUCACUUGUUCAAUUAUGAAGCUGAACUGACUUCUAGGUUCUCUCUCUGUAUAGGUGUAAGUAUUAUUAGUGGUUUCUACUGAAUUUUUUUGUACUUGUUUCAUGGAUCCUGAUGUAACUCGUUUUUUAAUAGUGGCGACAAAUGAAAAUUCGGUUGAUUCCAGUA